CGUCACAGCGACAUCAUGGCGUAGCGAUGUGGCGGCGCGUCACGUCGUGCUGGCUGGCUCGGUUAACUUCAGGCAUUCUUGGGAGUUUUGUGAACCAUUUAAAGAAAGAGGUCUAAUUUGUUCGAGCAGAGUCGCGGUUCAUCAGUGACUCAAGAUGAUGUCUGAUGCCAGCGACAUGUUGGCUGCUGCCCUGGAGCAAAUGGAUGGUAUAAUAGCAGGCUCAAAGGCCUUGGACUACUCCAAUGGUUUGUUUGACUGUCAGUCACCUACGUCCCCUUACAUGGGCAACUUGCGGGCGCUCCACCUUUUGGAAGACCUGAGGAGUGUCCUGGAGUUGAUGGACACAGAGGAAAGAGAGAGUCUACGCUGCCAGAUCCCUGACUCCACAGCCGAGAGUCUGGUUGAGUGGCUCCACAGUCACCUGUCCAAUGGGCACAUCUCUAUGGGUGGAAGUGAUCAUUACCAGGAACGGCUUUCCAGAAUAGAGAGCGAUAAGGAGUCUCUGGUGCUUCAGGUAAGCGUGCUCACUGACCAGGUGGAGGCUCAGGGAGAAAAAAUUCGAGAUUUGGACUUGUGUUUGGAUGAGCACAGGGAGAAACUCAACGCCACUGAGGAGAUGCUGCAACAGGAGCUUUUGUGCAGAACUGCGCUGGAGACCCAGAAGCUGGAACUAAUGUCUGAAGUAUCCAAUCUGAAGCUGAAGCACAAUGCUAUGGACAAGGACAGACGGGACUUUACAGAUGACAGAUUUAGGGACAGUGAGGACUUGAUUCUUGAAAUUAGUGAACUGCGGUACAGAGUGACUGAAAUGGAGAGUGAAAAACUACAGUACGAAAAGAAACUUAAAUCAACAAAGUCGCUAAUGGCCAAGCUUUCUAGCCUGAAAAUUAAAAUGGGCCAGAUGCAGUAUGAGAAACAGAGGAAAGAGUACAAACUCCUGGCUAUGAAGGAAGAGCUAGCCAUACUCCGGAGGGAGCUGGAGGGCAGAGAUGGAGAGAUGAGGAGUGCAGAUCCCACAGAAAGAGUUUCUCAUCCAGAUGAAACUCUUAGAAAGAGGCUGAAAGAAAAACAUGUGGAAGUGCAAAGAAUGAAAAAGGCAGUAGAGUCGUUGAUGGCAGCAAAUGAGGAAAAGGAUCGAAAGAUUGAGGAACUAAAGCAGUCACUUCUGCGGUACAAGAAAGUCCAAGACAUGGUGAUGUCUGUGCAAGGGAAGAAAGAAAAAACGAAAGAUAAUGAACGCACCGAGAGCCCUGGCGAAGGAUCCAGCGUGUGCCUGUCUGCCAGCCCCAUCUCUCUGGAAUCUGAAAUGCAAGACCUUACAGAUGUCGACCAAACGAAAAGGAAGAGCCCAGAUGAGAUGGAGAGUUUCAGCGGACAGAGUGAGGAGCCUUCACCUACUCCCAGUCCGUCUGACCCGGAGCAAGCGCCCGAGUCCACACCAACAGACGUGGAAAGUCAUGACGCCACCAGAACUGAGGGCCAGGACCAUUUGGAUGAGAACAGUAAUGGGAAGCAUACAAAUGAAGAGACCAGUAAGACCAAUGAAAAGCCACCCAUGGCUCCCUCUGCCACCCCGCCUGCAUCCACAGAAGACGACAGCUUUGGUUCAAAAAAGGCUCGCUCGUCUUUUGGGAAGGGCUUCUUAAAGAUCCGCGGAGGCAAGAAGACAACCAGCGGCCCUAACCUCGACCGCAGCAGGAGUGCAAGUGCGCCUAUGCUAGCUGAAACAGAGCAACAGGGCACUGACCAUCUGGAUCUAGCUGGGCUGCCGCAGAGAUCAUCCAACAAUGACAGCACUCACACUCUUGCUACAACGCCAGAAAGUAGAAAGAAAUCCAAAGGGAUAAAAAAGCUAUUUGGAAAGCUUAUAAGGAGCCAGUCAACCACAUUUAACCUGGAUGACAACCUGCAGGAGGGUGAGUUUAAGCGUGGUGGGGUGCGUGCCACAGCAGGACCCAGACUGGGUUGGUCCCGGGACCUACAACGAGUCAACAAUGAUGUGGACGCUCCCUUUGCACGUUGGACAAAGGAUCAGGUCUGUGACUGGCUGCAUGAGCAGGGUCUCGGCCUUUAUGUGAACAUGGCCCGUGUGUGGAUCUCCUCCGGACAGACUCUGCUACAAGCUUCACAGCAAGACCUUGAGAGGGAGCUGGGCAUCAAACACACGUUACACAAAAAGAAGCUGCAGCUGGCUCUGCAGGCCCUCGGCUCAGAGGAGGAGGAUAUUAAGGGAAAAUUGGAUUACAACUGGGUAACAAGGUGGCUGGAUGAUAUCGGCCUGCCUCAGUAUAAGACACAGUUUGAUGAGGGCAGAGUAGAUGGACGCAUGCUGCACUACAUGACGGUGGAUGACCUGCUUUCUAUGAAGGUGGGAAGCGUCCUACAUCACCUCAGUAUCAAAAGGGCUAUUCAAGUUCUGCGACUCAACAACUACGAGCCUAAUUGUUUGCGCCGCAGACCAUCAGAUGAGAGCUCUAUUUCACCUGCAGAGGUUUCCCAGUGGACCAACCACAGGGUGAUGGAGUGGCUGCGAUCCGUAGAUCUGGCCGAGUACGCUCCCAACCUGAGAGGCAGCGGGGUCCAUGGAGGCCUCAUGGUCCUGGAGCCGCGCUUCAAUGUGGAGGCCAUGGCUCUGCUGCUGAACAUCCCCCCCAACAAGACUCUGCUGCGACGCCACCUUGCCACGCACUUCAACCUGCUCAUCGGCUCAGAGGCCCAGCAGCUCAAACAGGAGUGUCUUGAGAACCCAGACUACAUUUUGCUUACCGCCACCACAAAAGUCAAGCCAAAGAAACUGCCAUUCAGUAGUUUUGGGAAUCUGAGGAAGAAGAAGCAGGAGGAGAAUGAGGAGUACGUGUGUCCCAUGGACGUGGAGAUGCCAAAGGGACGAAGCUUCCAGAAAGGCUACGAGCUCCAGAUCUAUGAAGAUGACCUGGACAGGCUAGAACAGAUGGAGGACUCCGAGGGGACAGUGAGACAGAUCGGGGCUUUCUCUGAAGGAAUUCAAAACCUGACGAGUAUGCUGAAAGAUGAUGAAUUCUUCAAUGCUUCCAAUUCACCAAAUCCGAGUGUAACAGAUGACGACUCCAACGUAUGAGGCUGUGGGCGUGAGACUCGGUCCUGCUGUGGAAGAAACUGUGCCAACCCACUUCACUCGCACACAAUGUCCUCACAGCGUUUAUUAGUGUUUCCAUAUUUCCUUUUAGUAUUGCAUCCAAUAAAGAGCCGAAAGUAUUGACGUCUGUCUUCAUCUCCGUACCAGACGAGGGUGUUGCAGAAGCCUUUAGUCCAUCACGCAUUAUUCAUUUCUGUUGCUUGAUGUCAGGAGAACAUUUAGGUUAACACCACUGUUUGCCUACCAGCUGGUUUCUGGAAAAAGUUUGUGCUGUUCUAUACAGGCAUCGUUCUGGUUCUGAUCCAAGUGGAGAGCUAACAGGCAGGAACGUGACAUCAAGAAAAUGCCAAUUUAGAUUUAAUAUAUGUCUUUUUACCUGCCUUCUGAGUGUAGAUAUUGGAAGAAAGAUGGACUUGGAGACAGAAGACUGUAUAGCAGUGAUAUGUGGAGACUGUUCUUUCUCAACUUAUUGUAAAGUAAUAACUCCAAAAAGCUGCUACGUUUUUUUGUUUUUAUUUUCUUUUUCUACACAACUGAACUCUAAUUAAAUGAUAAAGGUCUUGUAUUUUAUCCUUUUCUGUAGAUGUUAACUUGUACUUAUGCGUUUGCACAUAUGCAUACAUGCACACUACAAAACCUAAGAAUAUCAUUGCAUGGUAUUGAACUCCAACAGUCAUGCAGACGUGUCAUCUGUUAUAUUUUUAUCAUAAAAAGGAUUUUGGAAACCUGUGGGCUGACUGUUCUUUUAUGGAUACUUUGCCUACUCAUAUUGAUGAGAUAAAAUGUGAGGUUUUCUUUUAUUAAUGCUGUAAAUUAAAACGUUGACCACAACUCCAAAUAUGUUUUUUGUUUUUUUUAAACUCAUCUAAUUUUUAAACUCAAUAAAGUAAUAUAAAUUUG